AUGAAUAGUUCUUGGAUGUACCGUUGGUACGAUAACCGUUGGCCCGCUCCGGCAAGGUCGGGAAUGGUAUCCAGGACGGCAGCUGAGGACGCCGUUCGAAGAGUGGUCAGCGGCCCAGAACGAGGAGACCUGCUGUUCUUCAUCGGGGAGCAAACUGAUGACCAACUGAGCCAGUGGAGGAUCCUGGACACAGACGGCGAUUCAGCAAUUGUCGCCUUCGUGAGGCGGAAGGCCCAAGGCUCGCUGCCGGCUGCUGCUGGUGAGCAUUACCACGAGGCUGUAUGUCCUUGUAAGGAGCAGCAUAUCACCCAAAACGCCGGUGUCGGUAUUGGCUGUUCCAAAAAGCUGUUCCAAGCCAUCAUGGCCUCGGUGCGGGGAGCAUGGCUGGAGCCGGCGCGGCGGCAGGGCCAGGCCCCAGGAGCACUGCAGCUGACGGCCUGGCGCUUGUGGGAAGGGAACCGAUCCCCAGGGGUAACGAUUGGGGUUUGGCUGAACGCUUAUGGCAUUAAGAUGGGUGAGGCCAAUUCGAGGCUACGGAAGCAAGAAAAGAAGCGGGCCUUUGUCAGGGGUGCGGAGGCCAUUGCCGGGGGUGCUGGUCUCUAUAUCGGAAGGGCAGCAGUGAGGCCGUCUCGCGGUAGGGCGGGUGGGUCGUUGCUGGGGGCUGCGGGGGGAGCUCGCAUAGAGCACGCCAGCUGUAGGCAGGUUGGGGUGGUGACGCUGGCGGACCUUCACAGGAAGUCGGAGAAAGACCGCAAGACAUCUGUGCUGAAGUCACAGCUGCAGUGUGCGGGGGUGAAGGGCUGCCAGCUCCAGGACUAUCGCUCCAUAGAAAACGUCCUCACCUGGCUUCAAACUGCAGAGCUGCAGGAGCCGGAGUUGUCGGAGGUCAUGAGCAUGAGCAGUGCUCCCGCUGCACCGACGUGGCAGGAGGCUGGCUGGCAGCGGCAACGUGCAGCCGCCAGCAGCGACUGCUGCGCACAGAGCUGUAUGACUAGGCUGUGGCGGCGGGGCAGUAGCUGCAGCCGCGCGCGGAACCAUGUGGCGGCGCUGCUGGUGGUGCUUGGUGUGCGGGCCUGGUGGCAGGGUGGCUAGGCACCACCAAGGGUGGAAUCAUGGUUGCUUACCAAGGCCGUGCGGCGCCUGCACCUAUAAGGGCUGCAGGUGACUGGUAUGUUUGUUGCUGGCGGGAUGGAGCAGGGAGCCGUGAUGAUGAGGCCGUGGUGUGGUGUCGCACGAACAUCCUUGCGGUGCGGCAUGUUGCUGGUUGGCAUGUGUUCCAGCGGACUAGAUUUUGGCAUCAAAGACCUGAAUGGACAACAUGAUUAGGAGGCCCUCCUCCGCCCCCCCUGAUGCUGCACUAAAGUCGGUAAUGUAUUAGUGGCCUUGCCGUUGCAGCUUUUGCAUUGGGGUGGGGUAUCCGUCCGUGUUUCAGCUCUGUAGCCGAAUGAAGCAUAUACUGGUAAAAAAUAUGAAGUGCUGGUGGUCUGUGGAUGGCUGCACUUGUGCUGGGUUGUGCUCCAUGUUAGCUGUACGAUUGUUGGGCUGUAGUGCGGUGCUGCCGGCCUGCCAAACAUUCAAUGUCUGCCUGUGAAAUCCGUAAUACCCACCUCAACUGGAUUUCAGCAUGACAUGCGUUCCCACGGCCUCUGCAACUGGAUAGUGGGCCAACAGGGUACCGUACUGCUACACGUGAUUCGUGAUAUCAGAAUUCGUGAAAUGUUAUUUUGGGGCCCUGAGAUUUUCACGGCGUGCACCAUUUUCGUGAAAGGAUCGUGGUGUUAGGUGGUCAGGAUUUUCACUGUGCUACCAGAUUUCGUGAAAUCGCCCCCCUACUUCCCAUCCCACCGCGUGUAUCUCGGGGUUGGGCUUGCAGCACAUCGAAUCUAUAAACACCGCGUCACCACAUGGCUCCCUUUAACAGCUCCUUGUAUGCACCACACAC